AUGCUAGAGGAAGGAGGGUUCAUAAGAAGAGGAAGAAGAAGAAAUGCCAAAAAGAUAAACUAUGCAGAGAGUGAUGAUGAGGUGAAGCAGGAGAGUGAUCAAGAGUUUGAACCCGAGGUUAAAAAAGAAGAUGAUCAAGAGGAAAAUGAUGUGCAGGAGAUAAAACAGGAACAAGACGACAGUGGAGAAAUUCUGGUGAUCAAGGAUGAGUCGGAUGAUGAUAAACCGUUGGCGGGACGUGGUUCGAAAAGAGGCAAGAAGCAGCCGACAGGGACAAAUGGUAAAAGGCAAAGGAAGAAGAAAGAACCCAAGCCAAAAAUCUCAAAUUUUGAUCGUAAUACGGAAAAACUGUACCAACAACAUCCUCAUUUGAGGUCGGUUUUCCCCGAGUUGCAAAAUGCUGUCAUUCCUUCACCUGAAAGAGCUAAUCAACCUCCUGGCAUGAAAGUUAGAUUAUUACCGUUUCAGUUAGAGGGUUUAUUGUGGCUCAAACGCCAAGAAGAAGGUAAGUAUAGAGGUGGUGUACUCUCAGAUGAAAUGGGUAUGGGUAAGACGAUUCAAAUGAUUUCUUUGAUUAUGGAUAAUGUAUCCAACUCUCCGACCCUAGUAGUAGCACCCACAGUGGCCUUAAUGCAAUGGAAAAAUGAAAUUGAGGAGCAUACAGGUGGUGUUUUAAAAGCAUACAUUUUCCACGGCAGUAAUCGUACAAAUAAUAUGGCAGAUUUAGAGGGUUACCAAGUUAUUUUGACAACUUAUUCGGUACUAGAAUCUGUUUAUCGAUUACAAACCUAUGGAUUUCGUAGAAAGACUGGAUUGAAAAAGGAAAAAUCCGUUCUUCAUAAUACCCAUUUUUAUCGAGUUGUUUUGGAUGAAGCUCAUAAUAUUAAAGAUCGUCAAAGUAGUACGGCUAAAGCUGUUAAUGAGUUGAAAGCUGAAAAACGUUGGUGCUUGACCGGUACACCAUUACAAAAUCGUAUUGGUGAAAUGUAUUCUUUGAUUCGAUUCUUAGACGUCGAACCGUUUUCUGCAUAUUUUUGCAUCAAAUGUGAUUGUAAUUCUAAACAGUGGAAAUUCUCUGAUAAUAUGCAUUGCGAUGCUUGUGGUCAUGUUAUGAUGCAACAUCGUAAUUUCUUCAAUCAUUUUAUGUUGAAGAAUAUUCAACAGUUUGGUGCUGAAGGACCUGGACUUGAAGCUUUCAAAAGAAUUCAACUGUUGUUGAAAAGUAUUAUGUUAAGGAGAACAAAAGUGGAAAGAGCUGAUGAUUUAGGAUUACCGCCACGUAUUGUCACUGUCAGAAAGGAUUAUUUUAACGAGGAGGAAAAAGAUUUAUAUCGAAGCCUUUACACCGAUGUAAAACGGAAGUACAAUUCUUACGUGGAAGAAGGUGUAGUUUUAAACAACUAUGCCAAUAUCUUUACAUUGAUCACAAGAAUGAGACAAUUGGCAGAUCAUCCUGACCUUGUUUUGAAAAGGUUGCCAGGCAGUACUAGCGGUAAUGAUGGUGUUAUUGUAUGUCAGUUGUGCAAUGAUGAAGCUGAAGAGCCCAUCGAAUCGAAGUGUCACCACAAAUUUUGUCGUCUCUGCAUAAAGGAAUACGUGGAAUCGUUUAUGGAGGAAUCCCAAAAGAAAUUGACUUGUCCCGUAUGCCAUAUUGGGUUAAGUAUCGAUUUAUCACAACAGUCAAUCGAAGUUGAUAUGGAUUCAUUUCAUAAGCAAAGUAUUGUCAAUAGACUUAACAUGCAGGGGACGUGGAAAUCUUCUACUAAGAUUGAAGCUUUGGUGGAAGAACUUUACAACUUGAGAAGUGAUAAACGAACUAUAAAGUCAAUUGUUUUUUCACAAUUUACUAGUAUGCUUGAUUUAAUAGAUUGGAGAUUGAAAAGAGCGGGUUUUGAAACCGUAAAGUUGCAAGGUAGUAUGUCACCCACACAGAGAGAUGAGACUAUCAAAUAUUUCAUGAAAAACAUUAGAUGCGAGGUGUUUUUAGUAAGUUUAAAGGCAGGUGGUGUGGCAUUAAACUUAUGUGAAGCUUCUCAAGUUUUCAUUAUGGAUCCAUGGUGGAAUCCAAGUGUUGAAUGGCAAAGUGGUGAUAGAGUUCAUCGUAUUGGACAGUAUAGACCGGUCAAAAUUACAAGAUUUUGCAUUGAAGAUAGUAUCGAAUCGAGAAUUAUCGAAUUACAGGAGAAAAAGGCUAAUAUGAUCCAUGCAACUAUUAAUCAAGAUGAAGCUGCAAUUAACAGGCUAACACCUGGUGACUUGCAGUUUUUGUUCAACAACUAA